AGCGCCGCCCGCAGGACGCUCCAGGAUGCUGAUGCAGCUGCCGCCAUCGGGGCUGGUCCAUCAUGCCAGGAAGGUGAUCCAUGAGGGGCCGCCGUCCCACUACCAGAUGCAGGAGUUCGCUCGGAAGAACGCCGCCAACUUCCUGUCCCUGGUCAACCUACUGAUGGGCCUCAGCUCCAUCCUCUGCAACCUGAACGGGUACCGCCAGUGGUCAUGCUGGCUCCUUCUCAUGGGUUUCAUGUUGGACCUGGCGGAUGGCGCCGUGGCACGACAGCUAAACACGUGCUCGGCUCUGGGGGCGAAGUUGGACGACUUUGCGGAUUUCACUUCGUUCGGCUUGGCCACGGCGCUGCUGCUGCACGGGAAUGGCGCGAUGGACGAGGUGCUGGUAAUGGUGUACGUUCUGGCUGUCUUCACACGGCUGUGCUUCUAUGCCAGUGGAAUUCCCUUCAUGUACCGCGGCCUGCCCUGUCCAUACGCCUCCGCCAUCUUGUCCUGUGCCUCUCUCCUGACUGGUGGGCACCCCCUAGUACUGCGCGCUAUAGCCGUCGUCAUGAUCCUCUUUAUGAUCGAUCAGGGGAUCUACCCGCAUGACAAGAUCCUGGAAUCCCAGGCAUGGAAGAAGAUGGUGUUUGCAGGAGGUGUGUUCAUGGUGCUUUGCUCCUUCACCCCCCUGGCAUGUUUGUACCACUUGGUAUGGUCCAUGUCAUACAUCCUCUUCCCGGAGGCCUUGUGGAAUUUUAAGGUGUGAUGGCGGCACUGUGACCUCCGUUGGAGUUGGUUUUGCAGUGAGGACGGUGCUGUGAU